AUGGCAAAGCGCAAGCUAUAUUACGAGUUGUUCGGAAGCGAGACUGAGGACUCCUCAGAAGGAGAAAAACAGGAAAGGAAGAGGGAAUGGCGGGAGGAAGGACGCCGACCGCCACCGAAGCCCGGGACCACGGUCCAACGGUCGGACCGCGACCAGGCCCGUAAAUCGGCGAUUUUCUUGGCAGAGCCGCCGCCACCACCACCACGCACCCGGGGACGUGGGUCCACCGCGCCGUCACGACGACGGCCUUCCCACCGGACGCCAGCCACAACGGCAACCAGAGCCGGGACCGUGUCGCCCCCGCCUCCGACCACCGCACCGCCUCCGACCACCGCACCAUCUUCCGCCGCGGCAGGCGGCACCAGGGUCGCGCCACCACCACCAGAGAUCUCGUUAGUCUGCGCGAUAUCAGCUCGGGCGACCACCGACCCGACUCUGCCUCCACCGGUCCGGGUCCACCUACCGGACGGCGAGACCGCCGAGGUCCCGCAUUUCGCCGCACACCGAGGCCGCAAAUAUAGAGUCCAGACCACCACGGGGCGUACAGACAAAUUCGAAGAAGAUGUGCAUGAGAAUAUGCUACGACAUGACUUGGAAACGUUGAAGAGUUUACGAGAGUACAUGAAUAGUCGACGAGAGGGUCAGGAGCGGAAGUCCCUCAGCCCGACACAUCGCCCCUAG